UGCGGAACUUGCACGUCAAGAUUAGUAAAAUGUGGUUAGGUUUGAGGCUUGUUGUGUUGCUAGUGGUUAUUACAAGCGUGAAACACGUUUCCACGGCAGAUGCCAUUUGUGAACGAAUAGAUUUCAAUGAUUUCAGAUCUUUGAAGAUAUAUCAGUGCUCGGGCACAUACAGAGAGAUUUUGCGACUAUCUGCCUAUGGCUCGUCGUCCAAGUUCACCUCAUACCGUCCAAACGUAGUGUACUACUUGUCUAAUGUCGUUCCGGGCAUCAGUUGUUGUGAAACAAUUGAAAGUUUCUUCGUGAAUGCCUUCACUGAGAUUCGCAUGAUUUAUCAGCUAUCGUUCCGCACCACCUCUUCCCUAACCGUAAGACUGCUGGAUUUAGAUCAAAAGGAUUCUCGAGGAAAUCCGGCCGUGGCACAAAUUUGGUCCACACAAACGGCCACCGCAACGUGGAGUUUAUUUUUGGGACGAGUGGAAAAAGAAAUCAAACGAGCACUGAUACAGAUCGAAGUUGAUAUGAGUACCGAGGGUAGCAUUGCUAUCGAGUACUUGACGGUGUUCAAUCCACUGGUGCUGGAAGAGUUCUGCAUGCAACUGGACGAGUUUUAUGUUCCUCCUUCGACGACUAGCACCGCUCGACCUACCACCACAAUUAGUCGAACUACCACGAGAAGGACUACCACGCGGAGAGCAACAUCAACUACCACUACGGAAGUCCCAACAACAACAACCACAACAGAAGCUCCAACGACUACAACAACAACUACAACAGAAGCUCCAACAACGACGACAACAACAGAAGCUCCAACAACAACAACAACCACAAAAGCUCCUACAACGACUACAACAACAGAAACUCCAAUAACGACGACAACACCAGAGGCUCCAAUUACGACGACAUCAACGGAAACUCCAACAACGACGACAACAACAGAAGCUUCAACAACGACAACAACAACAGAGGCUCAAAUUACGACGACAACUCCUGUAGCUCCGACAACGACGACAACAAUAGAAACUCCAAGGACUACAACAACAACAAAAGCUCCAACAACGACGACAACAACAACAGAGCCUCCAAUGACGACGUCAACAAUAACAUCAACAACAAAAGCUGCAACAAGAACAACAGAAAUUCCAACAACAUUACGUACAACACCGACAUCAACAACAACUGCAACCGAAACAAAUACUACUCCAGUGUUUCCAACUACCUUGGAACCAAUUUCGAGUAUCUCAACAAUUCUGGAAUCAACAACUGGUGAUUUCACCACUAUAACGACAUCAGUUCCUACAACAUCGACACCUUCCCUCCCCGAGACAACUACAACACAGCUAUCAACAACAGAAAGCACAACCGAAUCAACCCAGGCACAGUCUACUCGGACCACAUCGUCAACCCGACGUACCCGAACUACAACGCGAAGAACAACACCGACACCCGUUCCAGAAACAUCGACAGUGGAACCAACGACAACCACCUCUACAACGGCAGAGCUGCAUGAAUCGACAACAACACCGCUGUUGACCACGCCUACUGUGGAAGAAACAACAACCGUUGUUUACACGACGCAACAGCCUACUCGGACGAGCUCAUCAACACGUCGUACGAAAACACCUACGACUACGUUGCCGACAACCAGCUGGACUUCUACGAUUUCAUUCAACAGUACGACUAGCCUGCAGGAAACAACGCUGACCACCGGUGGGCAACAUGUUUCGACGACUUUGCCGCCUACGACAAUGUGGAUCGUAACGACUCCACAGCCUACUCAGCUGGGCACUGUUCGCCCAUCGUUGCUGUUCUACCGAGAUCCGGCAGCCUACAACGAAUCCAAAGCCAUCUGGAGUUCGCUGACCGGGAUCUUUCUGAUGCUGCUCGUUCUGUUUGCCGCAUUGGGAGUGUACUGGUACGUAACCCGUCAACACACGGCUAUCCCAAUUGGCCGCGAGCUCGAACUCUCCGAAGUGCAACCAAGCGAAGAUUUCUGCUCCAGAAGCAUACACCAGCACGUAAAUCCAUUCGCACAGCGGAACUUCCAGCAUCGACAGCUGAUGCAACGAAGCCAGCAGCUGCGCCAGGAGGAGAGCAUCCGUUCUACGACCAGCGAUAACAGCAGCUACUUCCGGAACGCGCGCCGAAACACGAAGGAACCCAUACUAAGCUCGGUCAGCCGACCCUUCUCGCUCGCGGAAGAGAUCAAGAAGGCUCGUCUGAAGACUCGGUUGAAUAAAUUUUAGCGACCGUUGAA